UGGUACUGAUGCAUUUGAUCCAAGGAUUGAGCAAACUGUUGCAGGUGAAUCUGUACCUGCACACAAGGGUGAGGUGCACCACUUGUUGUGCUGCCCCAGGCUCCUGUGAUGCCCGUGUGCUGGAGGCCUUUGGGUUCUGCUGGCUGCAACCUUAUGAAGCUGUCAAAGGAUGAUGUGGGAAUGCUGAUUCGUUCAUGUUUUGGGUCGACGCCGGUGCUUCUGAAUAUUCAAUGGCGUCCUCGUGCUCUUCGGUUGGUCAGCGCAUAUCAGUUGCCUAUGCUUAGAAUGGUUUAGCCUAGAUGUUGCACAUCAUACAUAAUGCAAGUUGCUGUUCAUGCUGCCUAUUCAAUCUUCAUGCCGCUCGAGUUGAUUCGCCGGAAACGGGUGAGAGCGUUUCCGUCGCUUGAUCCGCCAUUAUGCGUGGAGGAGCUCAACCCGUUCGUCGACCUGCGCACCGCAGAGGCCUUUGGAGACUUCAAGAAGAUGCCCAUCAACAUCGUCGGGACUGUCAACGCCAAGUGCGACAUCGCCAAGCUCCUCGCAAAUUCCAUAAUCCACCGCUAUAUCUGCAGCAAGGACAUUCUGGAGGACGUGCUCGGCGGAAGGGACAUCCUCACCGCAUUCCGAAAAUCUGAUGAGAAAGGAUACCUCGAAGUCAAGGUGCCCUCUCUCUUUCUCCGAAAGACAUUCAUCCAGUCAUAG